GAUCCCAAUUUCUUAGUUUAUUGAACUCCAAAACCCAUGAAGCUUUAAGAGAAAUAGAGCGGGAUUUUUGGGAUUAAUGAGCUAUCAUUAUCCGUUCAUCUUAGUGCCUUAACCAUUCCUUACUCUACUUGAAUUAGGUCUUCCUUACAUUUCUGAGCGGAAAUCAAUGGUUGCCUAGUAAAACCUCUGUUUUUCCUGGAUCACACAAUAGUUGUGGUUUUCUUAGCAUUUGAAUCUCUUGGUUUUUAUUCCCUUUGAAUUAAAAAGUUGGGUUCUUGAUCUGUUUGAGGAUCUGACUUCAAUGAUCCAGUUGAGGCAUUGUGUUCUUCAAAAAUUUCUCUGUUCUUGUUAUAGAAAGUUAGGUUUCUGUUAAUUUGGGGAUUUUGUAAUCUUAGAUUGUCUUUUGAGCACAAUGGGUACUGUUUCUUUAGGUGAUUUGAAGAAACAAGCAUCUUUCUUCUUCCAAGAGAAAUACAAAACAGUUAAGCUUGCCUUGGUUGAUGUCACUCCAGCAGAACUUUUGGCUGAGGAAGCAACAAGCAGUGAUCCAUGUAGCCCUGAUGCAAAAACAAUGACUAGAAUAGCAGAGGCAGCCUUUGACAUAGAUGAUUAUUGGAGAAUUGUUGAUGUUAUUCAUAGGAGGCUGUAUGUAGCUGACUGGAAGCAAUGGAGACAAUCAUACAAGUCCUUGGUUCUACUUGAUUUCCUUCUCACUCAUGGUCCUGAAGACUUCGUUGAAGAAUUCCAAUGUGACAAGGAUGUCAUUGAAGAGCUUGGAACAUUUAUACAUAUUGAUGAAAGAGGGUUCAACUGGGGUGCCAAUAUGCAAAAGAAAUCAGAGAGAUUACUGAACCUCUUACAGGGUGGAGAGAUACUCAAAGAAGCACGUUACAAAGCUCUGAAAGUUACCAAGGAGAUCAAAGGAUUUGGAAAUUUAAUGACCUCUCCUUCCUCUUCCUCAUCAUCCUCUGAAAGUUCAAGGACUUCAUCUUUUGGUUCUUAUACUAAUAGUACAUGUAAUGAAUCUGAUGUUCCUAUCAAAUCUGAAAGACACCCAAUCUCUGGGAAUGUUAAUGAGAAGAACACAGUACAUGGAGGAUUACCAUCAGAAAAGCUUGGUACUUGCUUAACGAAUGGUAAAAACAAUGUAGGGCUACAUCUGUGGGAUUCUCCUAUUAAGGAAUCUGGUUCACUGGUUGAUUCUGAGGAAGGAAAUGAAGGACCAAAUGGUUUCUUAAGUGGAAUUUGCUCAAGGCUUGGUGUCAGUAGUCCAUCUAAAUAUGAGGGAAGUGGGGUAAUCAUUAGAAGCUUCUCAGAUGUUGGGAAGGCGAUGAAGAAGAAGAUUGAUCGCCAGUUCUCCUUGAGAUAUUGAUGGUUAGAACCGUCUAAGAACAGAAUUAGUGCAUUUCUUUUGGGCAAAGCUAUUGUAGUAUUGUAUAUGUAACUUUUGAUGUACAUGUACACAAUAAUGUGAUUUGUAACUUGUGAGGAAAAAAACAAGCUUGGUGAAAAGUAAUAACCUUAUUUUUUUUCCAAUUUUAGUAUAACAAAUUUUUUAUUUAUGAGA